UCUGGCCAUUCACGAUUCAACUGGCACCGCGAAAUCGUCGCUAAUAUUAUAAGUAAUGUUAGUAUACAACUAACUUAGUGUUGUAAAAGUUUGCAAAAUUUUUAAAAUGAAGUGGGCUUUUUAUGUAAUCGUGUUUGUGUACAUGUUUUAUAGAGCGGUUUAUGGACUGAAUACAAUCGGCAGUAAUCAAGUCGUAACAUUGGAUGACAACUCUGAUUAUGGAGAUGGGAUAUUUGUUGACGCGGGAGAGCGAAAAAUUAUUAGCUGUAAAGCGUCGGGUAAAAACCAAGAGAUAAAAUGGUACAACCCUAAAGGGCUCGCCAUAUCUCGCAUCCAAUCUGGGCGCGUGUACACGUCGCAGUACUUCGUGCAGUCGCCGCGUGCGCCCGCGCUGGUGCUAAACAUCACGGAGGCCCAGGUGCACGACAGUGGGGUGUGGGUGUGCCGCGCGGGAGAUACCGUUCGGAAUGUCUCCAUUUGCGUCAUAGAUCCUACGGAUUUUGAAGGAACACCUACUGAAGUAGCUGCAGAUGAGGGUCGCUCUUAUACGUUGUCCUGCCAAACAAAGGGAGAACCCGAGGCCACAAUAUCUUGGACUAGAAAUGGACGAGUUAUAAACGAAUUUGAUUACCAAGACAUGCCUAAGUACAGAGUGAUGACGAAAUACAACAGGCAAGGAAUUGAGGGAUUACUUACUAUUAUGUCACUAAGCGUCGAGGAUAGCGGUGUCUAUACGUGUGUCGCCACUCAAGAAACGGAAUUAGCAGACAAAUGUGGAAAAAAUCAAACUAUCGACAUUGUUCUUAAUAUUAACCAUGCCCCUACCUUUGGAGAUAGGACGAAGGAGAAUGUUUACGGAACCGAAAGUGAAAGUUUAUUUCUGCGAUGCGAAGCUGAUGGCUACCCUCUACCAACCUAUAAGUGGUUUGUAAGAAACGAAGGACCGAAUGCAGUCCAAAUAUCUGACAAAGAAAUAGUUACUGCUGAUAAUAAUUCUGCUUCCAUUUUGCCAAUAAAAGUAUCACAGGAUAGCUUCGACAGUCAGUACAUUUGCCAAGCGUCAAACCAACUAGGAGAUGUUGAAUUAGAAUUUCAUAUACUGGAGUCUAUGAUCCCCAAAAAACCUGAUGAGGUAGAACUUAAUGAGGAUCUAACGACGAGCAAAACCAUUGUUUUGAAUGUUUCGUGGAAUGAAGAAAUACGAUUUGAUAUAAACAAAAUUGAAGUACAAUAUAUGCCAACGGCGCAACUGCCAAGAAAAAGAGCGACUGCGUUGAGAGAACGAGAUUGGAAACAUUCAAGACUAUAUUCAGCCCCGACUGGUGAAGUUCUUGAAGAUAGCACUAUGGCUGUAUUAGAGGGUUUAGAGCCAUCGACCGAGUAUUGGGUGCGAUUACGCAUCAAGAACGACAUCGGUGACUCACUCUGGUCUAACUCAAUUAGAGCAUCAACCAAAGAAGGGAGCGAUGAAGAGGAAGAAGAGAGUGAAGUUAAAGAACAGUCGAAAGAAGAUCGCGAUGUAGAAGAAGCCACUGAGGCCGAGACAGAAACAACUGAAGACGAUUCGCUUGUUACUACUGAGAAGCAAGCAACGCCGCCAUCAGAAGAUUCUGGAAGGUUUUACGGCCUGUUCUUUGCCGCAGGUGUUUUGAUAGUCGCUGUCGGUUGCACUUUUGUUGUGAGAAUGGUUUAGCAUUGUGAUCACUAUUCAAUUCACCUUUUAAAUCACCGUUUUUUUUUUGUCAUUUCUCCGAAUAAUUUGCAAUUUUAAUACUUUGGAUUGGGUUUAUUUUGGAUUAAAAAAUCGGAUAUUUGGGUAGUUAACUAUUAUAAUUACAGUGUAAAUAUUGAGGUUCAAAUAUUUAAUUCGCUUCAUUUUGUAUAGGUAAUUUCAUCUUAAGAAGAACGGGUAUAGCUGGAGAAAUAUUAAGUGUAUAUUUUAAGAGUGUAUUAUACUUAAAGCAUAUUUGCAGCCAACACUGCGGUGUGUGAAAUAAAACAGCAUUCGUAAU